CAGAGCAGGGCAGGUGGCAACCAGCAACUGACUCCAAGGAAGGAGGACCCAGCUCUGCGAUUACUCUACAAGCUGUUAUUCAGCCACGAACCCCCACCCCUAACACACAGACAUUUAACUCAGAAGCUCAGAGGAGGAACUCGGUGGACGCAACUCGACUCUGCAGGGAUCUUUCACUCCAUAAAGAAUGCAUUUCUGAAAAGAAAGUGAGUCUGAUCAAGACGGACCAGGACAGAACCAUCUGGUUUCUUCAUCAUUUAGCAGAAAAUCCAGCAGACAACGACCGAUUGAGAGGAAGGAAAAAAAGCGAGAAGUCUCAACAAAAGGUGGAGAAUCGUGAAGGAAGGCCGACAUCUCUGACGAUGGAUGAAAGUCAGGCGGUUUGGCACUCGCAGACCGAGACCCCGGAAGUGCACCAUGAGCUGCAAAAGAAACUGUCAGUGGCCAACCAGCUGGAAUGCUCCAUCUGCUACAACACAUAUGACAAUGUCUUCAAAACACCCAAGCUGCUGGAAUGCACGCACACCUUCUGCCUCGAGUGUCUUUCUCGCCUCAUGACAUUCACACCAGCGGACAAGGAUGGGAACGGGGGCGGCAAACAUCUCUCCUGCCCCUUCUGCCGUCACCCCACCGUCCUGCCUCAGAACGGACCCCCCGCUUUGGCCACCAGCCACGAAGUCCUGUGCAAGCUGCCCAACCACCAGCAGCAGGAGGAGCCUGUGUGGCUGGAGGGGGAGAAGCUGUGCUACAAGAGCUUCAAUCAGGACGCCGGAUCGGGCGCCCCCGACAGCCCCACAGCCUUCUGCAUCUGCAUUGAUAUUGGGGCCAGCAAGGCGGCGGAUGCGCCCGUGCAGACGGGCACCAGGAACUACAGGAUGAUUGGCAGACUGGCAGACUGGAAGAGAAUGGUCCUCUUCACCGUGCUCAUGGUGCUCCUCAUUGUGGUUGUGUUGUGGCCUCUGCAGUGUGUGUUCAGCACUGGGAACAUGCGUUGUAUGAGAGAACUUCCACCCACUACCACUACUGUCACCACUACACACAUCCCACCCAUCAGCAUGCUGAACAACUGAACAGAUUAACUCAUUUUUGAAAAAAAACUGGCAAAUAAUUGCACUUAUAAGAAAAGGAACUGGUAUCAAAACCAAAUGUUUCAAGCUUCCAGCUGAAGACUCUGACUCCUGAAAGCUUUGCAAGAAAAGACUGAAUUUCUUGGAUCCACACUUUAAAUGUUCCCUGGUGACUGUUGUCUGACUGGUUGGAUGGGUCGUGGUGUUCGCUCAGCCUUCAGCGUUGACGCUGUAACGUUUUAAAUGCUGGCAUUUAGGAAACCCGUGAAAUGCAAACUCAAGCUACCUGCAAGUGUGAGAGAACGAAUGCCAACUUCAAACUUAGUACUCGUUACCUUUAACUGUCUUUUGAUGUUUUGUUUACAAAUGUGGGACAAAAAUGAUAAAACAACAGCACUCAACAGCACAGUUAAUUUGGUCAAAGACUGAUUUGAAUUUAGUACGGCUCACUAUCAACAUCUUAGCAUUUUAUUGUUGCGGUAAAUGAGCUGUUUUAUAUGUCUGAUAAGCAGAUUUACAACCAGCAAUGACAAAAAUGGGAUCAGUGGAUCAUGCUAACAAGAAACUCACAGACUGACCUAUUUGUUUGGACUUCUAUUGAACUGUAAACAGUGUGAGCCAAUGGUUUUCCUAAUGAGCCUUUUCAGCUCCAUUCCUGCAUUUUUCUUGCUUGCGGCACAAAAAACUCCCUCCUCUGUAAUCAACCAUUAUGAUAAAUUAUGUGUUUUACUUUUUUUUUAUUAGUAAUGAAGACUUACAGUCAGAGUUCCACAUUAUACUAACUUUUAUUUCUAAUCCACACUCUCUUUUGCUCAAAGCAUUGUUCUAGGCACGUUUUAAAAUACAUUUUGUUGAGUUUAAAAACAGAAUUCACUGGAAAAAACUAAGAUGCAUAGAGGAGCAGUGAAUGUAUGAUGCAAUAAAAUGUACAAUGAUUCACAAUGUAAUCUAACUUAAUUUUUAUACCUUUUUUAUUUGCUGCAUACUUUUUAGUUUUAAAUCUAUUUUAUUUGGUACUGCACAUAUUUUGUGAGAAUGAAACUGUUUUUUUGUGAUCUAUGACAACAUUUUGACAAUAAAAAUGUUUUUUUGA